AUGUCAUUAGUUUUUAUAUCUUAUUCAUAUGUAUUAGGUGCUACUGUAAUCAGUAAAUUAAGUGUUACUUCGGUUACGAUUAAUCAGAAUGUGGACAUCACUAUCACAGGAACAGGUAUAGUGUGCACUGGUGCCUCUAUCGUUAUCAGGGGUACGGAGCUCGCCGGCAUUUUCACGGUGUAUGCUACACCAUGUUCUGCCACCUCCAUGAAAAUCAACUUUGCACCCAAGGUUGUUGCACUCGGUGCUAAAACACUUGCCAUUAAAGUUGGUACUGUUUCAUCCAACACCUUGGCCAUUACAUUCAUAGCACCUACACCAAUACUUACUUCUUUAAUUCCAAAUUAUGUUUAUACUGUUUCGGCUGGUACUAUAACUAUCAAUGGAUCUGGAUUUAUGUCUGGUCUAUCGACUGCCACCUAUGGAGGAGUUGCAUGUGGUCUUGGAACGAUCACUGCAACUGCCAUCGUUUGUAAUACCGUAUCGGAUACCAGUAAAUCUGGACAGGUUCCAGUUGUUGUUAUAAACUCUGGAAUUUCUUCCGGUUCACUUUCAAUGUCAUUGAUUCCACCAACACCAACAGUUACGAAAAUUACACCUGCUUCAUAUAUUAUUGGUUCUCCAAUGACUAUCACUGUGACAGGUACCAAUUUCGUACCUAUCCCAACUCAUUUCUACAUUGGUUCACCACCUCCCAACACCAUCUAUCAGAUUCCAGAGUUGGUAUCGUACACUGCGACUCAGGCCAUUAUUAAACCAUAUCCAUUCACUGUUCCCGGUACCUAUAGAAUACAGGCUAUCAAUGGAGCUACAUCCGGUUCACCUAUUGACAUGCAAUAUGUCUUGGAGGUACCUGUCAUCAGUAGCAUUACACCAAGCAGCUUUGAUUAUACUCAAACCAAGAUAACCGUUGCUGGUAGUAAAUUCAAUGCCGAUAGUACAUCGAUUACAGUUGGAACCUACAAUUGUCCGAUCAUAUCGAGAACCACAACCUCUAUUGUUGCAGAUAUUACCCAACUGCCGCUGGCUGGUGUCCUCCCAGUCAAAGCUCAAUAUCUCACUGCAGUGUCCAACGUUGUCAAUAUAAAUGUUAUCAUCCCAACACCUGUAAUCACCACAAUGGUGCCAGACUAUAAUAAUCUGGAGAACGCACAAAGAAGUACGAUCACUGGUACAGGAUUUAUUAAUGGAGUUACCAAGCUCAAACAGGGAGCCGAAUUUAUCUAUUGGAUCUACCAAGUCACCUCUACAAUGAUUGAAUACGCUAAUAUUGGUAUGACAACUUCUGGUAGCUAUCCAAUCGUUGCCUACAACAGAAAUAUUGCAUCGAAUGCACGGAACUUUGUAGUCGAUCUCUACUAUCCAACCAUCACAUCGAUCGUUCCCAACAAAGUUCUGAAUAACCAGACGACAUUGGAGUUGACAGUCUUCGGUACAAAGUUUGUUCAAUCAUCUGGCUUUGCUGUAUAUGUCAAUUCUUCAGUUGCUUUAUACAACACCAUGACUUCGACCAAUGUCAAAUUCAACUUUAACCCAUCCGGAAGGUUGGGAGUCUACAUGGUUACCAUUAGAAAUUCUCAAAUGCUUCAAGGCAAUGGAUAUUUCGAAGUGAUUGCACCCACUCCAGUCAUUACAUCUAUCUCACCAAGCUAUGUUUAUUCGCAUCAAUCACAACCAAUUACCAUUCAGGGAUAUAGUUUUUCCAAUGGUGUUACUCUAACGAUCGACGGUGUGUCAGUGCCAACAACAUUUGUAAACUCCAAUAUGUUGACCAGUACAUCCGCUGUCUUUCCAAAUUUUGGAGGAACCAAAACGGUCAAAGUACUUGCAAGUGGAAAUCUCUUUUCAACGUAUCCAUUGACCUAUCGUCUUCCUUCUCAACUGGUAUCGGUCACACCGAAAACUGUCAUCAACAUGAACUCAACAUUGAUCACUAUUAAAGGUAUCAGAAUCUAUCCAGAAAUGUCACUCUUUUUCUAUGCUACUAUGGGUAGCUUUGACAUGCCAAAAACCAUUGUAGAUUCGACUACUGUACUCUUCUAUACCCCUGAAAUCGCAGAGGUUGGACUUAAGUCAUUUAUGUUGGUGGAUGGAACCAAUAAUAUUGUAUCCGAUACCAUAACAUUCGAAUCUCCACCAAUAUCCAUUCAAUCUGUCACACCGAAUCAUAUCAUAGUUGGAGCUAGUAGUGCAUCACCAAGCAUCAUCACCAUUACAGGUAGUGGAUUCGACGGUAGAAUAACAACAUUUGAAUACAAUCUCAAUCAAUAUGGAAACGUUAUGUUUAUGAAUAAGACUACCAUCUUCUUCAAUCCAACAAUGAUGCCUGUGGGAACAGUUCAAAUCCAAUUAAGAAAUAUCGAUAUUGUCUCUGAGAUUUUCAGUAUUACAGGUUUGGACAUUCCAGUUAUCACCUCGGUGGAGCCAGCCAUUGCCUAUGUCUAUGACACUAGGGAUGGAUCGAAUAUCAUCGAUAUCAGUGGAUCUGGAUUCACAAUGGGAUGGACUAAAGUAAUGGUCGGUCCCUAUCAAUGCCAAGCCGAUUUCUUCCCAUAUGCCAAAAUAUUUUGUACGAUGCCGGUGGUGACUGCUCCAGGAUUACUACCAGUCAUAGUUUACAAUGCAGAGGCAGCAUCAAACAUUGCCUAUAUUAAUUAUAUCUAUGCGGCCAACAUCACCAGCAUUACACCAGCGUUUUUAUAUAGCAACAGUUUCACUUCCAACUCGCCGAUUACCCUUACUUUGGCAGGUGGUGACUUUGCUCCAACCUCUGAAAUCGUCAUAUCUAAUCAACCACUUAAUAUCAAUCAGACAUGCACCAUCAUUAGUAUUCAAACCAAUGAAAUUAAAUGUUCAAUUCCACUGACCAAUGUAAUUGCUGACUACAGUAUCACUGUCUAUGUAAAUGGACUACCUUCAAACCUAGUGAUAUUCAGUGUUAUCGAUCAACCAUUGUCGUGUCUCUCACCAUCUGGUGCUGCAGUUUCAUGGUGGUUCGCCAGAAAGCUUCCUCAAUCCAGCUCAUACCUUUACUUUGACAGUCAAUCUAGUGUCGUCCAAUAUUUUGAUUCCAUCAAUUCCAACAGUAGUUCCCUCGCUUUGACACUGAACCAAAUCAAAUCAAACAAUGUACAAACAACUAAUGGAUAUCUGGCAUACAAUGAUAUGCCAUGGUUGGAUGAUCUCUCUGGAAAACUUGCUCAAUCACUCACCGGUGAUGUCAAUAAAUACAACUCACUUGGAAAGGGUAUCCUGGUUUCUCAGUCGAAAUUCAACAUUAGCUAUGCACCCGGUUUCCAUAUUAAACAUUCACUGGAAGGAUUUCCAGUUCCACUUGGUAGUACCGGUGCUAUAAAGACACCCUCUAGUUAUCCUGACGGAACUUGGUUCCCCAACGACUAUCAUCUCAGACCAACAGAAUCGCCGGAUCUUUCAUUCGGUCAUUCAUUCCUCUGUCAUAGCUUUGUUGAUGCAACAGAGAUUAUCAAUGCUAUUGUCGCGAUGAAGCCAUUCACCUAUGCAAGUAACAGAUUCACUGCCAAUUCAAACAUGUUCACACCAAUGUUCCAAUCAACAGCUGCGGUGAUUCCACCUUUCCGUUCUAGCAGCUGGCUCACCAACACUGCAUUCUUAUCAUCGGCAUUCCAACAAGAUAUUUUCACACCAGUUGGAUUAUCGCCACUUCUCAUAACAAUGCCUGCUAAUUUCAAACUACCAAUUGCAGCCACUGCAAUUACAGAGACUAAAUUACCAUCGGAUUUCGUCAGCCAACAUAAUAUCCCAAUGCAGAUCUCUCAAUGGCGAGCCAGUAGAGAUCAUAGUCAUAUUGGAUUCAACGACACUCAUCUCUGUCUCGGUGACUACUCUGCCAAGACAACAAUAGGUGGUGGUAUGGCUGUAUGCAUUAAGCAAACUGUUCUAAGUGACUUUUUCAUUACAUCGAUCUUCAAAUAUCAGCAAACCAAUUGCACAACCGUAGAUUGCUCCAAUCAGAUUCAAAAUCAAUUCUACAUCACUAUCAAAUCGAAAUUGCUUAUGGAUAGUACCUAUGCAUCUGCAGGUAGCCCUCUUUCCAGCCAUUUAGAUUCAUUACCAAAUCCUCUACUUUCCAAUACAAAGAUAGUUGUUUCCAAUAUUGGUUGCAGUGGUCCAUUGUGUCCACUUCAACAAACCAAUGGACAAGUAGUCACCACCGAUUCCGUAGGUCUAUUCUCAUUCCGUGGUAGCUAUACUCCAUCUUUCCGAAUGCAAUUGGAGACCAACGAUAGUUCUAUCGUAGUAAUUCAACAGAAUUCAGGUCAAGUUCUCUCAUUCCCAAUCGUCGAUAUCACAGCUGCCUACAAACCACAAACCACCAAUAUAACUGAAAAUAAUAUUAUCUUUAUCUUCAAGUUACUGCAACUGGCCAGACAGGUAGUUGGAGAGUAUAGAAAUGUUAGUUAUGUUGUGAGUGUCAAUGGAAAUACAGCAAUUCUCAAUCAACGCUCCAAUAUCCCAAUUGGUUUGCAAUCGCUCAAUGUAGACACCGUUUUCCGUGCAAUAAGUUACGAUCUACUCUUACAGCUAAACAAUGGUUACCAAGCCGUUGGUCUUCCAAAUAUCUAUCAAUUUGACAGCUUCACAGACUCUACAUCCUCUGCAACUCUUGGUGGUUUGACCAACUUUUUAGCAAUGAAACUCAGACAAUUGACUUUGCCACAACUACCAACAAGCAUUGUACAAACCCUCAUCGAUGCAAAUGGACAACCAAUUAACAUGGAGUUAUUCACAACUUCAAGAAUGACUAGAAAGAAUGCAGUAUACAGUCAAGGUUGGAUUACAGCUUAUCUUUGGGAUUUGAUUGAUGAAGAGAACGAUGACUAUGUUGAUACCAAUCUUAGAAAGCCACCUCACUAUGAUAGUAAUCGUGGAAGUGAAAUUGAAUUCUCCACAAUCAUAAACAAUACUAUCAAUAGUCAAGCAGCAAAUAGCGAUAUUAUUUCAUUUAUUUGCCAAUCAACUAUUGACUCAAUGGAAAUUCCGCCAAUUGAAGAGGUAGAGAAGUUUGCAUCUUUCUGGAUUUCAUCGUUGGAGCAACCGACCAAUUGGCUAACAAAUCGUGGUAUUCAAUUGGUUUACGGUAGUCAAGCGUUUGCCUCGGCAUAUAAUAAUUCCAUUAUCUUGGAAUCAUUGUUACAGGUUGUCGAUACAACUCUCUGUGAGUUUGGAAUUGAGAAAGGUUAUCCUGUCACUCCAAAGGGAUUCGAAAUCUUGACAAGAGUUCUCCAGAGUCAAAUCAACCUUGCUCAACAAAGAAUUCAAUACAAUCAGGUGGAAACCUACUUUGUUCUAUUCUCACAAGCCACCGGUACCGGCUUGACAAUUGUCACCUACAGAAACUAUCUUUGUGGAUUCGCUAUAACUAGCCAAGCCGAUUUCGAAAGUGGCCAAGUUCUUUCACUCUGUCCAAGUGGUCCUAUUGUAACUUCGAUCAGUGGUGUCACCGGUCCAACUCAUGCCAAUAACAAGAUUACAUUGGUCGGUCGAAAACUAUCGGAACCAGGUGUACAAGUUAAAGUUGGAGACAAACUGUGUACUGUUGACACUGCUUCUGACCAACAAUUAAUAUGUGUAGUUGGUCAAGGUGUUGGAGUAUUACCUAUUAGCUAUUCAAAUACAAUUAGCAAUUUACCAACUGAAACCCCAUUGAAACAAUAUCAAUUCACCUAUAAUCAACCGGUUUUCAGCUCCAUUGUUAAACCGACUCCAAUUGUAUCGACUGUUGGUGAUACCAUCACUUUACUUGGACAAAACUUUGGAUUCACUAAUCGAGAUACCAGGUUAUUGGUUGACAGAAUUCCAAUGGAUAUCCAAAGUUUCAUAUAUGACGCUGCGAAUGGCGUUGAAGGUUUAGUUUUCAGGUCGAAUGGAACAGGUAUCAAUAAGCUUAUCAAUGUAGCAGUUGGUAAUCAAUCCACUGAUUUUUCUGAGGAUUUUGCCAUCUCUUACAAAGCACCGACAGUCACUGGCAUCUCUGUCAACAGCUCACCAACACCUGGUGGAGGAAUUAUGACUGUCACUGGUACUUCUUUUGGUGACCUCAUUUUUGAUCCAAUGGAGGUUUUCGUUGGUUCUGAGGCAUGUACCGAUACAACAAAGAUCGACGAUAACACUGCCAUAUGUACGAUUCCAGCGCAUUGGGGUAUCAACCAAGUCGGUGUGAUAGUAGAUGGACAGGUUUACUAUGAUGGGCCAACAUUUACCUAUCCACCUCCGGUCAUCUUCCAAGUGAUCCAACCAAAUGUAACUGCCAACACAUCGGUUCAAACAGAGUUCUGGGUUGUUGGUUCCGAUCUUGGUCCACUCGGAGGUACCGAUUUCAACAUGACACUUUUCUCUAGUGUCACAGUGCAAUGUGAAGCUGAUUACGAUUGCAACUACCAACAGACUUACGAAGACGAAAAUGGAAAUGCAAUCCCAGUUCCAACCGAUCCCUAUCACAGCGGAUAUUUCGAUCCAUUUGUUAUGAUGAAUGAAUCCUAUCGUUCAACCGUCAACUUUGACUGUUUACUAUGUACUUUGUAUCCAGGUAUAGGAUUUAAUAUUCCAGUGAAUCUUUCCUAUGCUUAUUAUUCAUCAAAUAUUGUUAGUAAUGUUUCAUUCAACAGACCGACCAUCUUGAACGUAUCGGUGGUUGGUAGUAGUACAGAUGGUGGCCAACCAAUCAGCAUUACAGGUUACGAUUUCGUUCCAAAUGAACUUAAUUUCACGCUUGAAACGAUUGAUUUCUUUACUCCAAAUCCGUUGUACUCCACACUUGAAGGACCUCUCAGCUACAGUAAUGCAAGCAUUGGAAACUAUCCAAUGAGCAACAUUAUAUUUACAAACUCUACGUUGGUAAACGCCAUUAUUCCACCUGGAAUUGGUUGUAAUCUAUCGGUAUCACUAUUUAUUGGUGGACAAGAUGCACCACAAUCAUUCUUAUUCUCCUAUAAUGCUCCUACAAUCAACAGCUUUACAAAAUCCAAUACCGAUGGUCGCUCCAUCACUAUUGAAGGUUCAAACUUUGUGCCUGAAAAUGUUGAACCUCUAAAUUCGAAUAUCACGAUCAACAACAAACCGUGUACUGAAAUCGAAUGGGCUAGCUCAUUGCAGAUCGUUUGCAAAGCACCAGCUGGAAUUGGUGCUGAAAAUCCAUUGAUAUUGUUUGUAGGUAAUCAAUCAGCUACCAUCCAAUUCAGCUAUAAUGAACCACUACUUGAUAAUAUCAAGUAUGAAGGUGACUCUGAGGGUGGAGAGUUUAUCACAAUCGUUGGUGAAAACUUUAUCCCUGCUGAAUUCGUCAAUGAAAUCAAUCAGAAACCACAAGAUUCCAAUAACUCUGUUUCAAUCGAUGGAGUCAAUUGUAUGACCGUUGAGUGGAUUGACUUUGAUAAAGUUAAAUGCCAAAUUCCAUCUGGAACUGGCAAGAAUUUGGAUAUCAAGGUUAUUGUUGGAUCACAAAACUCAGUUAUAAAUCAAUUAUUUGAUUAUACAGAUGAUGACAGCAGUAGCAGUAGUAGUAGCAGUGAAAACAGUCAUGAGGAUACCACUACCACUACCACCACCUCGACCUCUACAUCGUCAACCUCAACCACCUCCACAUCUUCAACUUCUACAACCUCUGACUCAAGUACAACUUCAACUUCUACAACCUCUGACUCAAGUACAACUUCAACUUCAUCAACCACAUCAACUUCUUCUCAAGCUACUACUGGUACUACUGGUACUACUUCUGGACUUACCACUGGAUCAACAACUGGUGCAACUACUGGUGCGUCAAGUACAACAGGUGCACUCGAGGAAAUCAUUAGUCAAGAAAUCUAUCUCUUGGAGAUUGAGGAAAUCAAUUGGGAAGUCAUUCCAAAGAUCAGAGUAAAGGUUAUCAUCAAAACAACUAUUGGACCAAUAAUAAGAAAACCUGUUUUCACAGGUCCCACGAUCUUAACAUUGGAGCCACCACCUGGAUUCAUUUUCCCAGUUACUGACUUCCAAUGGAUUAAAUUCUAUCGAGUAACAAUCAUUAGUUGGGAACUAUGGCAAACCAAAAUCAUUUCAAGAUUCUCAUUCAACUUUGGAUUUAAACUUGCUGAGUGGAAAGAGUUGGCUUUGUGA